AUGUCCUUAGGCCGCCGUAUUAACCUUCUGGUUCGCCUCUCAAGGUCUCCACAAUUCACAAAUCGUCGUUACAUGUCCACCUGCGUCGCCUCAGCCACCUUGGCUCGCUACCCACUUGGAAAAGACCUCUCCUGGCUUCCCAGGAACCCGAAACCCACGUUGGAGGAUGUAAACCCUGCGGAUCACGUAAUGAUGCGUCCCGUUUCUCUGCUAUUCAGAGUUUUGACGAUGAUUGAGCUUUCAGAUGUUGACGGAGCCGUUGAGUUGGCUCGCCUCUCUGUCUUGAAAGAUGUUCGUCGUCACCACGACACCAUCCUUAUAUGCAACGCCGUCAUCGGGGCCAUGUGCCAAGGGAAACGUUACGAAGAAGGCAUCGCUCUGUUUCAUUACUUCUUCAACGAGAAUAACAUGGUCCCUAACAUCGUCUCCUUCAACCACGUGAUCAAAGCCUUUUGUGAGCUAGGCCGUGUCGACGACGCCCUUCAACUCUACCGUCACGCUGCUCGGUUCGGUGCAGACAAAGAGACAUUCAGUGUUUUGACUCAAGCCUUGGUUGACGCAUAUGGCUACCGGGAAGCUGGAAUAUUCGUGGGAUUAAGUAGAUGCUUAGCUAUUGAUUGGACGCCCAUGCUCAUUGAGAUUCGUGGGCGCUUGGAUCAGAUGAAUGCUGAAGAUGCUGGUGAUUACUUCCACAAGAAUAGGCUGGAAUACGAUGAUGAUGAUUCGGCGGAAGUUUUCAAAUCGAUUGCUACAAUAUUUGUGGAGUACUGGUUCAAACAUGGCAGUGAAGAGAAAGCUAUGGAGUGCUAUAGCUCUAUCCGUACUUGGGAAAGCUUGCCUGCCACCACUGGGAACACUCUUUUGAGGCUUUUGCUAGCACAUGGCAAGGAAGUUGAGGCUGGGGCCUUGUUCGAAGUAAAGGCUAAGGACUUGUUCCACACCAUGUUGAAAAAACACAAACGUUUUGAUUCAGAGACCGUUAAUAUAAUGGUGGACUACUGGUUUGAGAUUGGCGAGUUUAACAAGGCCAUGGAGACAUUCAACGAGUCACAACAGGGAAGCAAAAGAAUGGUUCGGUGUUAUAGUAACGUGAUCGCUAGGCUUUGCGAGCGCGGGAUGAUGUCGGAGGCUGAAGGUUUGUUUGAGGACAUGUGUUCAGACAAAGACUUGUCUCCUCCUCCUCAUGUGUCUACAUUCAGAUCCAUGGUCAAUGGUUAUGUUCGUGCUGGACGAGUUGAUGAUGCGGUCAAAACCUCCAAGAAACUAGCCAUUCUGAAAUUGCGCAAGGUUUCCAUUUACGAGGACUGA